GUUGCACUUUUCGAGACACUCGAGUGCAUGAAAACUCCUGCGGGUUCCUUGGAAAAAGAGAUCAUGCCGCCCAGCUCUCUUUCCAACCUCUCUUUGCCCACGGAGGCGAAUGAGAGCGAGCUGGUUCCCGAGGUGUGGGAAAAAGAUUUCCUGCCGGGCUCAGACGGGACCACCGCGGAGUUGGUGAUCCGCUGUGUGAUCCCGUCCCUCUACCUAAUCAUCAUUACGGUGGGUUUGCUGGGCAACAUCAUGCUGGUGAAGAUAUUCCUCACAAACAGCGCCAUGAGGAGCGUCCCUAACAUCUUCAUUUCUAACCUGGCGGCUGGAGACCUGCUGCUGCUGCUGACCUGCGUUCCAGUGGACGCCUCCCGCUACUUUUUUGAUGAGUGGGUGUUCGGCAAGCUGGGCUGCAAACUCAUCCCCGCCAUCCAACUCACCUCGGUGGGGGUUUCUGUGUUCACACUCACCGCCCUCAGUGCUGACAGGUACAGAGCUAUUGUGAACCCCAUGGACAUGCAGACUUCUGGCGUGGUGCUGUGGACCAGUGUGAAGGCUGUGGGCAUCUGGGUGGUCUCUGUGUUGUUGGCUGUCCCAGAAGCUGUAUUUUCGGAAAUAGCACGAAUUGGUAGCUUGGAUAACAGCAGUUUCACAGCAUGCAUACCUUACCCGCAAACAGAUGAGCUGCAUCCAAAGAUUCACUCAGUGCUCAUUUUUCUUGUCUAUUUCCUCAUACCACUUGUUAUUAUAAGUAUUUAUUAUUAUCAUAUUGCAAAGACUUUAAUUAAAAGUGCACACAAUCUUCCAGGAGAAUACAAUGAACAUACCAAAAAGCAGAUGGAGACCCGGAAACGCCUGGCUAAGAUCGUGCUCGUUUUCGUGGCCUGCUUUGUUUUCUGCUGGUUUCCCAACCACGUCCUUUACUUGUACAGGUCUUUCAACUACAAGGAAAUCGACCCUUCUCUGGGUCACAUGAUAGUCACUUUAGUGGCCCGGGUUCUGAGUUUCAGCAAUUCCUGUGUCAACCCCUUUGCUCUUUACCUGCUCAGCGAAAGCUUCAGGAAGCACUUCAACAGCCAGCUCUGCUGCAGGAGGAAGUCCUACCCGGAGAGGUCAACCAGCUACCUUCUCAGCUCUUCUGCCGUGAGAAUGACUUCUCUCAAGAGCAACACAAAGAACAUGGUGACCAGUUCUGUCCUGCUAAAUGGACACAGCGCAAAGCAGGAGAUAGCACUGUGAUUGGAGGCCAUUCAACCCACUCUUGGAAAAUCCCUUACAGACUUUGCUAUUAUUAUUGUGCAAAACGGAACUAAAUAAUUUCCACACGCAUACUGUUCCCUAGCUGAUUCGUGACUGACUCAAGUACAAGACAAACAGUUUUCUCCGAAUAGAAUUUUACAUUACACCACGUACAUCUAUAUUAUGCACACAUAACUCACAUAUAUCUUUUGCUAACAUUAAUUUACAAAUUUCCUGGGAUUUAAGGCAUUGCACUAAGCAACUGUGCCAUAUUCAAAUUCUUUUUAUUUUAAAUUAUAGGGAAUAUUUCCAUACUGAGUCAGUAAUUUGGUGGUAGAUAAUAUUCAAUCACCUAUUAUUGAUAAUAUAAAUUACAUCAUUCUGAUGAGUAAAUUUUAUUUACAACUAGUAUAUAUAUGUAUAUAUAUA